AUGAACGCAUUGUUAACAACGGAUGAAACUUAUACUGAUACAUUAGUAGAUGAUUUGCUUCGCAUUGUUGGGUUGAAUACUUUUCCUUUGGCGAUUAGAAAUCACCAAGAAUACAGAAUGUUCAUUGGAGGACUUCCUUAUUUGGCAGCAGAUCCUGAAUUUUCGAUUAAGAUGAUAGACACGGCCAUGAUUGCUGUGGAGGAUAAACAUCUCGAAUACACUGAAAGAUGGCUAGGUUAUGGGGAAUGUCAAAUUGUUGCUGAGAUACUAGCUUGUGCUUCUGAUAAUUUGCGUCAAUAUAACAAGUAUAACAAGACUACGGAUCAGACUAUGGAACAGACCAUGUAUGCUGUUCGCGUCAUCUCAACAUAUGUUACGUUUUAUAAGACUGUGAUUCCUGAAUUAUAUUUUAAAGAACUUAGUGAGGGUCUGCCACAAGAACAAUCAAUUGAAAUUCUAAGAUGGCCAGGAGAUAGCUUUCCGUUAGACGGCCUGAAUCUUGGAGAACCAGAAGGAAGGCGUGAAGUGCUGGAAAUAUUAGUCAAGAUUCAUAAACAUCUUACAGAGAAAGGAAAUUAA